UACGUUUGUCGUACGUUUGUUAAAUAAAAAUAAAAUGGAAAAUAUACCGCGUACUCAUGAAGACAUUGAGGCGCAAAUAUCGGAUAUACAAGCUAAAAAGACAGAGUUGGCGAAGACAAAUGCGGCGGCGGCAGGUGUUGGUCUGCUGGAAAGCGGUGGUUUCUUCGACACCGAUCUGUACGACGAUGAGGCGGCAACGGGAAAGGGGGCUAAGGGUCGCUACGAGGGCUAUAACACAUCGAUAGCGGCCAACGAUGAUGAGGGUGACGAGGAUGAGGAGGACGAUGGCUUCCCAGUGCCACAGAAACGUACCACAUACACGGCACCCAUAUCUGUGCUGAAGGAUGUGACACAGGGCAAGGAGGAUGUUGAUCCACUGGCGGAUCGCCGGCGACCUACAAUUGCCGAUCGCGAAGAUGAGUACAGACAGAAGAGACGUCGCAUUAUAAUCUCGCCGGAUCGUGCGGAUCCCUUUGCGGAUGGCGGCAAGACACCGGAUGUGGGCUCCCGCACCUACACGGACAUUAUGCGUGAACAGAUGCUCAAGGGCGAGGAGUCGGAGCUGCGUAGACGCAUCAUGGAGAAGUCCAAGGAGGGCACUCUCGUAAAAUCUUCAAAUGGUGAAAGUGCCGCAUCUAAGGAUGGCGGACGAAAGCGUGGGCGCUGGGAUCAGACAGUCAGCGAUAGCUUCAUACCCGCCAAAGUGGCAGCCACGCCCAGCAGCGCAGCAACGCCCACCUGGGAGGACAAAACACCUGGAGAUCAUCGUUGGGAUGAAACACCCGGUCACAAGGGUAGCGAGACACCUGGGGCAACACCUGGACUGGGCACACGCAUCUGGGAUGCGACGCCGGCGCACGCCAUGACGCCUGGACAUGAGACGCCCGGCCAUGAGAAGUCGGCGCGUCGCAAUCGCUGGGAUGAGACACCAAAGACGGAGCGUGAGACGCCCGGACACAGCGGCUGGGCCGAGACACCCAAGCCGGAUCGCACGGGCAGCGGUGCCGGCGAGAGCAUCUCCAUUGAAUCAACGCCGGGCGCGUCUAAGCGACGAUCGCGAUGGGACGAAACGCCCUCAAAUGCAACCCCUUCGAUAACGCCCAGCAAUAGCAGCGCCAUGACGCCCAGCAUGACGCCACAUGUAACACCAGGACAUGGCACACCCAUGCUCACACCCGGUGGCAGCACACCCAUCGGCGUCAAAGCCAUGGCCAUGGCAACUCCCACGCCAGGAGCACUGGCCGCGAUGACACCAGAGCAACUGCAAGCCUACCGCUGGGAGAAGGAAAUCGAUGAACGAAACAGACCCUACACUGACGAGGAGCUCGAUCAAAUGUUUCCGCCCGGCUAUAAGAUAUUGCCACCGCCCGCCGGAUAUGUGCCACUGCGCACUCCUGGACGCAAGCUAAUGGCCACGCCCACGCCCAUAGCUGGCACACCGGCUGGUUUCUUCAUUCAGGUGGAGGAUAAGAAUGCCAAAUUUAUGGACAACCAGCCAAAGGGACUGAAUCUACCGUUUAUGAAGCCAGAGGAUGCGCAAUAUUUCGACAAGCUGCUCGUCGAUGUCAAUGAGGAUGCCCUGUCGCCCGAGGAGCUGAAGGAGCGUAAAAUAAUGAAACUAUUGCUGACCAUCAAGAAUGGUUCGCCACCAAUGCGUAAAUCUGCACUGCGUCAGAUGACGGACAAGGCACGAGAAUUUGGAGCUGGACCGCUAUUCAAUCAGAUUCUUCCACUCUUGAUGUCGCCCACGCUAGAGGAUCAGGAGCGGCAUUUGCUUGUCAAGGUCAUCGAUCGUGUACUGUACAAACUGGAUGAUCUGGUGCGUCCGUUUGUGCACAAAAUUCUGGUGGUCAUUGAGCCGCUGCUUAUUGAUGAGGAUUACUAUGCACGUAUCGAAGGCCGAGAGAUUAUAUCGAAUUUGGCCAAAGCUGCUGGCCUGGCAACAAUGAUAUCCACCAUGCGACCGGAUAUUGACAACAUUGAUGAGUACGUGAGGAAUACAACGGCGCGUGCAUUUGCCGUGGUUGCCUCCGCCUUGGGAAUACCCUCGUUGCUGCCCUUCCUGAAAGCUGUGUGCAAAUCAAAGAAGUCGUGGCAGGCACGGCACACUGGCAUUAAGAUUGUGCAACAGAUUGCUAUACUUAUGGGUUGCGCCAUUCUGCCGCAUCUCAAGGCACUGGUGGAGAUCAUCGAGCACGGACUGGUAGAUGAGCAGCAGAAGGUGCGUACCAUAACAGCGCUGGCAAUUGCAGCGCUUGCCGAGGCAGCAACUCCAUAUGGCAUUGAGUCCUUCGAUUCUGUGCUGAAGCCCCUGUGGAAGGGCAUAAGGACGCAUCGUGGCAAGGGUCUGGCUGCGUUCCUCAAGGCCAUUGGUUAUCUAAUACCCCUGAUGGAUGCCGAGUAUGCCAAUUAUUAUACACGUGAGGUGAUGUUGAUUCUGAUCCGUGAGUUCCAGUCGCCCGACGAGGAGAUGAAGAAGAUUGUGCUCAAGGUGGUGAAGCAAUGUUGCGCCACAGAUGGUGUGGAGCCGCAGUACAUCAAGGAGGAGAUUUUGCCGCACUUUUUCAAAUUCUUUUGGAAUCAUCGAAUGGCACUGGACAGACGCAACUAUCGCCAGCUGGUCGACACCACAGUGGAGAUUGCCAACAAGGUGGGCACCUCGGAGAUCAUUAAUCGUGUCGUCGAUGAUCUGAAGGAUGAGAAUGAACAGUAUCGUAAGAUGGUCAUGGAAACGGUCGAGAAGAUUAUGGGCAAUCUUGGCGCAGCGGAUAUUGAUUCACGUCUCGAGGAGCAGCUCAUUGAUGGCAUCCUAUAUGCCUUUCAAGAGCAGACCACCGAGGAUGUGGUCAUGCUCAAUGGCUUUGGCACCAUCGUCAAUCAGCUGGGCAAGCGUGUGAAACCGUAUUUGCCACAGAUUUGCGGCACCAUUUUGUGGCGUCUCAAUAACAAAUCCGCCAAGGUUCGUCAGCAGGCGGCCGAUCUUAUCUCACGCAUCGCUGUUGUGAUGAAGACGUGCCAGGAGGAGAAGCUCAUGGGCCAUCUGGGCGUGGUGCUCUACGAGUAUUUGGGCGAGGAGUACCCGGAGGUGCUUGGCAGCAUUCUGGGUGCACUCAAGGCUAUUGUCAAUGUCAUUGGCAUGACCAAGAUGACGCCACCGAUCAAGGAUCUGCUGCCCCGCCUGACGCCCAUACUUAAGAACCGGCACGAGAAAGUGCAGGAGAACUGCAUCGAUUUAGUUGGUCGAAUUGCUGAUCGCGGACCGGAAUACGUCUCGGCGAGAGAAUGGAUGCGCAUCUGUUUUGAGCUGCUGGAGCUGCUCAAGGCCCACAAGAAGGCGAUCCGGCGAGCGACGGUGAACACCUUCGGUUAUAUAGCCAAGGCAAUUGGACCACACGAUGUGCUUGCCACGCUGUUGAAUAACCUCAAAGUGCAGGAGCGACAGAAUCGUGUCUGCACCACGGUGGCCAUUGCCAUUGUUGCGGAGACCUGUCGUCCCUUCACCGUGCUCCCUGCCCUGAUGAAUGAGUACCGUGUGCCAGAGCUGAAUGUACAGAAUGGUGUUCUCAAAUCUCUAUCAUUUCUCUUCGAAUACAUUGGCGAGAUGGGCAAGGACUAUAUUUAUGCGGUGUGCCCCCUGCUCGAGGAUGCUCUAAUGGAUCGCGAUCUGGUGCAUCGCCAGACGGCCUGUUCGGCCAUCAAGCACAUGUCCCUCGGCGUCUAUGGGUUUGGCUGCGAGGAUGCUCUCACGCAUCUGCUCAAUUAUGUGUGGCCGAACAUCUUUGAGACAUCGCCACAUCUGGUGCAGGCCUUUAUGGACUCGGUGGAUGGGCUGCGAGUGUCGUUGGGCUCCAUCAAGAUACUGCAGUACACGUUGCAGGGUCUGUUUCAUCCGGCGCGCAAGGUUCGCGAUGUCUACUGGAAGAUCUACAAUUCGCUGUAUAUUGGUGGGCAGGAUUCGCUCAUCGCUGGCUAUCCGCGGAUCACCAACGAUCCGAAGAACCAGUACGAGCGCUACGAGCUAGAUUAUACACUCUAAGCGGGAGCAGCUUGGGCCGGAACCGGAGCCGGAUGAGCAGCAGCAUCUAAUUUACUCUAGUUUGGUUAAGAUGAAUUACACAAAUAUAACGCGAAUUGUACAAAACGAGUAUUUAUUCUAAAUUUUUAUAGUAGUUGCGCAACAUAAUGGAACUACUGUGGACCAGAGCUGUAAUCGUAUAAUUCAUUAACUGCAUUUAAAUACAAUUUUAGUUACCAGCAAUUAUACUGAGCAUUUGUAAUGGUAAUUACAAUUUUAAAUUACUAGCAACAUCAAUUACAAUUACUUAAGUAAGUUGACUUUAGGCAUUAGUACUGAGCAUCGGUAUAUUGGAUGUGUGUAUUUAAUUACUAGCAAUAACAAAUACUUGGAGUAAUGAUAAUUUUCAGUUAAGUAUCCAAUCCAGUGACGCAUCUUUUUGUUGCCAGAAAAUUGCGAUUAAUUCAAUUAUAUUACCAUUCCGCAUCAAUUUUUGUUAUUGCCAGCAAUUAAAAAGUAAUUUAGCUGGAAUCCAUAAUCGCCCAUUAGUUCAUUGACAUUUUGAAAUAUCAAUAAUUAUAAUUACGAUUAGUACUUUUGUUUUUUGCAAUUCUUUUUGAGCAAUUGUAAUGGCAAUUAAAGUUUUAUUACCAAAUAA